AGGCGGAGGCGGCGGCCGCUGCUCCCUCACUGGUCUGCUGGACUCCGAGCGGCGCGCACUGCCCCAUCCACUGCUACCACUGUCGCUGCUACCCGCUGUGAGCGCACGGCCAUGAACAGAGGACGCAGGACGCGGCUGGGGCUGCCGACGGUGGCUCUGCUGGCGCUGGCGGUGGCCGCGGGGGCGGUGGGGGCGGCGGCGCUGCCCACCUCCCUGCUCGAGGACGCCUCGGCGGCGGCGGCGGCUCACCAGCAGACCGACAAAGGAGGCGAGGCUCCAGCUGAUGUCGGGUCAGCCUCCACGGCAGCACCGGGGGCGGCACCGGAGGCGGCAGGGUCCGGGGGCCGCGCCUCCGUGUCUGGGGACGGCAAGACGGUGGCGCAGUACGAGAAGGGCUACCUGUACGGAGCGGGCAAGGCGGCGCCCGACAAGCACGUGGAGAACGCGCUGCUCAAGUCCGAGCUCUACGGGGACCCCAGCGCGGUGAACCAGUACCGCUACUACGGCGGCGCCAACGAGCGGCGACCCGACGGCGCGGAGGGCGCCUUCGCACCACCCAGCAAGCGCAGCAGCAGCUUCCGACCAAUGGUGCCGCACGCGCUGGAGCUGAGCGGCGUGGGUCCGCGCCUCAAGAGGGACCUGGCCGUCGACCCCGAGGACGUGCUGGCGCUGCUGCAGCUGUGGCAAGCCGAGCGGCACGGCGCCCCCAGGGUACCAUCUAAGUGGUCGCGUUAUGGCAGCAUCGAGGGCGAAGAAUAUCCGCAGGCUGUAGGCAAUGAAAAUGAAGAAAUGGAAGAGGAUGAUUCCAACAACGGUGAGUGGCUGGAAGGUCCCGUCUACUCAUCGGCGCUGGGGCCGCACUACGCCGUGGACAGACGCGCUCUCUACGUCCCGGAUUACUCGUACCAAGUGCUCAACCCGUUCACCGCUUACCAAGUACAGCCGGACAAGCGCGACAGUCGCUGGAAUGGCUAUUCCAAGGGCAAGCGCUUCAUGGUCUCCAGGAAGAGGGAUGUUACUCAGCCGGCCCGUGGGGACAUCCACUACCUGGCGCAGCUGCUGGGCCCGUCCCACCGUGACCAGCAGAUCCCUCUUUUCCACCGGGUGGCAGUCUAAACCCAGAAUCAGAUACUAAGAAGAACCUCAUAACUCACCUAAGGACCUAUGGACCAUGCUGAAUGUUAGAAGCAACUCUGACUAAUAUGACCUCAGAAUUAUUUAUAACUCUUUAAUGUUAAAAAUUAAGAUUAAUCUACUACUGAAACUACCCUUGAUGAAUAUGUAGCAUAAAACAUGUACCUAUAACUAAAUAAUAAAGUCCUUAAAUUUA